AUGUGCCACCACACCUACCACCACUACCCUAGCUGCGGACACAUCUCCAACUGGAGCAUGACCAGCUGCCAGGAGUAUACUAACAAGCUCCGUCUGGCCGGACCAGACCGCAGCGCAUUGUGCGAGGCCAUCGCCACCUCCCACGAUCUCCUCGAACCCACCCAGCCAAACAUGUGCGUCAAGUGCGAGGCCGAAUGGGCUGCCAACGUCACAGAGCCCGGUACCCCGGAGACAGACCAGGUUAUGGAAGGUUUGAACCACACCGGAAACAUCUUUGAAGUCGAGGCGCGCAUGGUGAGUAUUCCUGACUGCGAUUCGGACGAUGAUAGGGAAACGAUCAGUGGCGACGAUGACAGUCACCAGCUCUUUCUGAAUGCUAUCUGCUGUGAGGAACCGCGGACUUUCUACUCGGAUUCUACGGAAUCUACCAGUGAUGCGAAGUCUGAAAGCGAGUCCGUGUUCUCGCAGAAAAGCAGUGAGAAACUAUUUACUUUCUAUGACGAUAGCUCUUCGAUUGACGAGUAUCUAGGGUUGUCUGAGCGUACAGAAUCUGACACAGAAGUCGAUGAUCAUUGCGCAGUCAUCCGAGAUCCUGAGACCAUAGACUGGGACAGCUUCAAUGUCGAGACAUUUGGCCUAGGCAACAUUCUUGCUGAGAUCCCGAUCCCCCCAGAGCCAGAGACAGCCACUAACGACCAGGACGAUGAGUUCCCUGCAAUUCUUGACCAGGAUGACAUCCCGGAGAUUAACCUAACCAGCAUCCAGGAGCGCAUCGAAGCAACCAUCCGCAAGCGCCUAGCAGAAAAAGAGGAGCCCCAAACCCACGCCACCAACCUAUCCCACCUCCUCGACGUAGCCCUCUUAGAAAAAGACAAGAAUGACCGCCGCGAGCGCGACGCCGCACAGGGCAUCGAAGAAGACCCGCACCUCUGGGACACCGAGUCCCUCAACGAUCUAUUCACCCGUCCAGCAGGACCACUUAAAAUCUACACCGACGCCAGCGACGUCUCGCCACGCACCCAGGUGCGCAGCCCACGCCCCGCAGGACCACAGCCUAGAAUGCACAUCUACCGGGGCAGCAUGUUCUGCGAACGCGAGGUAGCCCAGUCGCGCGGUCUACGGAAUAUCCGAGGCGAGGAAGGCGACUGGGAAGGCGAGAUGCGCGCCUUUUCAGCCGAUGACGCACACCAGAUGGGUCUACUGGAUCCAGUGCACGUCCGCGGAUGCUGCGACGAGCGACCGGCAGAAUGGCACGCGUAUUACGGGCUGAUGCGCGCGGACUCGGAGUUCGAGGCUGAGAGGCGCCAUUUGGAGAAUAUUCAGCGCGUGCCUGGUUGCGAUGAUCGGUUCUACGGGAGUAUUCUGGCUGAUGAUCUGGGACACGCUAGGGCGAUGGGUGUUUCGAAUGCGAAGCAUCUUUGGGGCUGUUGUGUUGAGGGCGAGGUGGAUAUGCCGCGGGCUGUGAAACAUCGCUAUAAUGGGGUUAUGGAUGCAAUUUCCCGGCAGGAGGUGGUGGAUAAGGGGUUGUUGGAUGCGACGCCGGUGCCAGGUGAAUGUGGUGAUUACUAUGGGGGAUUGUUUUCAGGGUAUCUUGUUGUCGAGUGUGAAUUGGAUGCCUGGAAUAUGGAUCUGAGGGAAAUUGAACACGCUGCCGACUGUUGUGCCGACGGUUGUGCCGAGGCCGAGCCUGUGUCCUCGUGCACGUUCUUUGGGUAUAUGUUUGCCCACACUGAACAGGAGGUUCUCGAUCGGGGACUGCAGUGCGUGCUUUUGGAGCCGGGCUACGACAAGAAAUGGUCAGGCAACUUGCAGGCUCGUUCGGUGGAGGAAGCUGAGGCGAUGGGGCUAUUGAAGGCGUCGCAGAUCAACUGGGGAUUGAUCCUUAGCCAGUGA